CACGCAAAUCCCUUCUAUCUCUGUCCAACCACAGUUCCGUUCAUGGAAACUCUCUUUUCCUAGAAAGCGAAGCUCCUCUGUUUUCGUUUUACAGACCAUCGUCCGAAUGAUCGCAGUCUUACAGCCGUUUCUGUCACCGCCACCUUCUCCGCCGAUUAAACCCUAAGUUAUCGAGAUCUCUCUCCUUAAUUCCAUCGUCCUGUCUUAGGGUUUCAGUUGUAAAAUUAGGGUUUUGUAAAUCUUUAUAAAAAUUAUGGUUGAUUUCAAGGACUCGGUGUCGAAGUCGGUCAGCGAGACGGUGAAUGGAUCGCACAAGUUCACGAUCAAGGGAUACUCGUUGGCGAAGGGGAUGGGACCGGGUAAAUGCAUCAUGAGCGACGUUUUCACGGUGGGUGGAUAUGACUGGGCUAUUUACUUUUAUCCUGAUGGCAAAAACCAUGAGGAUAACGCCUUGUACGUCUCGGUGUUUAUUGCCCUCGCGAGUGAGGGCGCCGAUGUGAGGGCUUUGUUCGAGCUCACGCUUAUGGACCAGAGCGGAAAAGGAAAGCACAAGGUGCAUAGCCACUUUGAUCGUGCACUUGAGAGCGGACCCUAUACUUUGAAGUAUAGGGGGAGCAUGUGGGGAUACAAGCGUUUCUUUAGAAGGACAACUUUGGAAACUUCUGACUAUCUAAAGGAUGAUUGUCUCAUCAUGAACUGCACUGUUGGAGUAGUCAGAACUCGCCUUGAGGGACCAAAACAAUAUGUCAUCCCUGUAUCACAAUCGGACAUGGGUCAGGGUUUUAAAGAGAUGUUAGAUUCUGAAGCUGGUUGUGAUAUAGCUUUCCAGGUUGGUGAUGAGACAUUUAAAGCUCAUAAGUUGAUCCUUGCUGCCCGUUCCCCUGUUUUUAGAGCACAGUUUUUUGGACUUGUUGGGGAUCCAAACAUGGAUACAGUUGCAGUGAAGGAUAUUGAACCCUCAAUCUUCAAGGCAAUGCUCCUUUUUAUUUACACAGACAAGCUUCCUGACGUACACGAGGUUACAGGCUCAACAUCUAUGUGCACAUCCACCAACAUGAUACAGCAUCUAUUGGCUGUUGCUGAUCUAUAUAAUCUGGAUCGACUGAAAUUGUUGUGUGAAUCAAAAUUGUGUGAUGAGCUGGAUGCUGACACGGUGGCAACAACUCUUGCACUAGCUGAGCAACACCAUUGUACACAGCUUAAGUCAAUCUGUUUGAAAUUUGCAGCGAGUCCAGCAAAUUUGGGAGCGGUAAUGCAGUCAGAAGGGUUCAAGCACUUAGAGGAGUGCUGUCCAUCUUUGUUGUCUGAUCUGUUGAAGGCCUUUGCAUCAGGUGAUGAAAACACAAGUCUGCUAUCAGGUAGAAAGAGAAGUAGCAGCAGUGUGUAUGGGCUAGAUCUGGCAGCAGAAGGGGCAGCAGCAGAAUCUGUGAAUCCCAAUGGUAGGCGUGUUCGGAGGCGUUUCUAGAACACACCACACAUUCCACAAACCAUAGAGGAGUGGAUUUUUUCUUGAUACCCUAGUAGUGGCUUUUUAUGUUAAUAGUAACCGUAACUCAUAGUGCUUUGUUUUUUACAUGACUAAUUGCAAAGUAGCUGGUUUUCUCAAGAGUUAGACUUUUCUCUUUUUGGUAUUUUCUUACAUCAUUUUAAUUCUUUCUGGGACAAUUUCAGGGAUUAAGCCUUAGGCCAUUUUAACACUUAAAUAAUCAUGAAUGAUGAGCUCUGCGCCACUACAGCAUGUGUGAUGGAGUCUCCUAACCCUGUUAGGUGGGGAGUGGUGCUGAAAUAGUGAAUGAGUCUUGGUCUUUUCUGAAGGAAAAAUGAAAAGAUGAACAUGUCUUAGACUGAACCAAGUCGUGGUGAUUAUCUCUUCUUAUUUAGUAUGGCUUUGUUCCCAAUUAGUGUUGUUGUGACUUUACUAAUGGGUUUGAUAUCAUAAAGAAAAAUGAAAAUUAACCUGUGAAAAAUUUCCAUCCCUUGAUGUGUCGUAUAAGAAGCACAGGCAUUAUCUCUGGAUUAAUCUGAUUCAUGGUAGAAAGGCAAGCAGCAGGAUUAUGCAAAAUGCAUGCAUGAAAGUUGAAACACUUGAAACUGUAGUAUAAUUACAGUAAGUUGGAGUGUGGGGAAGGUUUUUGAUGAUGGAAUCAGGCCAGAUAAAGGCACCCAUUGCAAGAUCUCUCUUGUAAACCCAUUCACCUUGAUUAGAUAACCCAUAUUCAGAAAGAAGCCUGUCAAGUUUCAACUCAGGCAUGUCUUGGUAGUCCUCCUUAGUGUACCUGAAGUGAUGAAGAGACAUCUGGAAGAACACAUCUCCACUCUGUUUCUUGAUCUGUCGCUGUAAAACUCUCUUUUUCCUUCCAUCUGGGAGUUGUAUGGCUUUUAUACUACAAUCUUUUGUUCUAGU